AUGAUUAUAGAUAGUGAUGAAGGUGUAAAAUUUAGAAGAAAUACAGCUCUUGUGAAACCUGGAAUUAUAACAGUGCCAGAGGAGUUUGAAGUCAGUGAUAUUUAUGAAGGUGACUCUGGUGCUGAAUUAGAAUGUACUAGACCUAAAAGGAAUGUAAGAUACCCCAAGCGUUUUGAAGAUUAUGAUUUAAAUAUAAAGGGAAAUAUGUAG